AGGUAUUGUUACUGAAGAUGACGGAUUGGAUUCCGAUUUAACACCACUUCCAAGUUCCUGUCCACUUUUUUUUAAGUGGGGAAAACCCAUUUAAAAAUGGCAACUUUGCCAAGUACAUCUGCUGGGCCUCCACCGUCACUCUCAGAUCCAGGAGUGGCUGUGUGGGAGUGGCAGGAUGAGUUUGGCAGGUGGAGGCCAUACCGAAGCAGCGUGUGCAGCUACAUUGAGCAAUCUUUCCAGGUUCUCAUGGUGAAAGGCCGGCGGUCACUGGGAACUUGGCCUGUCAAUGGCAGCAUAUCCUUGGGACAGGCUGAUUCAACUCUGGCUCCCUACAUAAUCGACAUAGCGAGUCUCACCCAGUUCCGACAAGAUACUGGGACCAUGCGAGCCGUGCGCAGACAUGUCUUCCAGCUUGAUUCGGCACCUGGACAGGGAGUAGUUUGGGAGUGGCAGAACAAUGAAGGAAGCUGGUUUCCAUAUGAGAUGAACGUUUGUGUAUAUUUGGAGCAAGCUUUCUCACUCAAUAGCCCUCAGGUGGAUCUUGGGCCCUUUGGUUACAAUUAUGGAAUUGAUUUCGUAUCACUGACCCAGAUGAAUAAAACCACUGGGUACCAGCGAAGAAUCCGUCGGUGUGUGGACUCUCCAUACCCAGUAGCCACAGCCACGGGGCCUGUUCACAUUGGGCCCACAUGUUCAUGCCAACAGUGCUUGUUGAAUAGUGGAACUGGCCCCAUAACCUCACGGUUUCGGCACUCAAUGGUGAAUCUUCCUGGACAUUCAGCAGGAACGACUCCCAAAUUCCUUACUGGUAUACAGGGGGCCAAUAGAAACUCAGGACUCGGUGCUUCUCUGGUGGGCUUUGUGCCUUACAAUAAACCAGCCCUCUCUGGAGCAAGAUCAAUGCCAAGACUGAACGUGCAGAGCGCAGGGUCAGCAUCGCAAUCUGCAGUCAUUGGUGGGUCCAGCUCAGCUCCCACAGCAUCCAAAGGAACCAGUGUACCAAAGUUACCAGUGACCAUACCCAGGCCCAGCAAAGUGAAUGAAGCUCUGGCAGACAGCAAGACCAGGCCGGUAGAGGUUGUGAAGAAGUAUUUGGAAGAGCUGAAGACACCUCCAGUUGAUGAGGACUGCAUCAUCUGUAUGGAAAAAUUGGGUGCUCCUUCAGGAUACGGUGAUAUCAGUGAGAGCAAGAUGAUCCAACCUGGAAGUGUGGGGAGACUGACCAAAUGUGCCCAUACCUUUCACGUACUUUGUGUGCUGGCCAUGUACACCAGUGGCAACAAGGAUGGCAGCUUACAGUGUCCCUCGUGUAAGGCCAUCUAUGGUGAGAAGACAGGCACACAACCCAGUGGCAAGAUGGAUAUUUACAAACGCUCAGAGUCUCUUUCAGGGCACGAGAACUGUGGGUCAAUACAGAUUGCAUACUAUAUCAACAGAGGCGUUCAGGGUCCAGAGCAUCCCAGCCCAGGGCUGCCAUACACUGCAAGAGGAUUCCCACGAUAUUGUUACCUACCUGAUAACGAGAAGGGACAAAAGGUGCUGGAACUUCUAAAGGUGGCGUGGAGAAGGCGUUUGAUCUUCACUGUAGGAACAUCUAGCACAACUGGCGAGAACAACACUGUGGUGUGGAAUGAGAUCCACCACAAGACAGAGAUGACCUCUAAUGUCUCAGGCCAUGGCUACCCAGACCCUAACUACCUUGACAAUGUGCUGGCUGAACUGGCAGCUCAAGGGGUCACAGAAGAUUGCCUGAGUCCAUGAGUUUAACCUCCCAUCUUGGACUGGAGCUGCAGCCAAAAGUGGAGUUUGUCUUCUCCAUGACUAUAGGUGCCUCUUGGUUGAGGGUGGCAGCUACAAAUCCCCACCUCUGUUGCCUUAUGUUUGCUUGCCCUUUUGCUGAGCAAUAACACAGUCUCUGGGAUUGCCCAGCAUGACUGUGAGGAGAGGGUUUAUAUAUAUAUAUAUAUAUAUAAAGAGAUAUUUUAAGGGCAUUUACAGUCCUGAUACAGGUUGGUCAUAUACAAUAAAUCUCCCUGUUCUAGAUGAAAUACAUAAAAGGAUGGUGGCUUAAUCCUCAUAUUGUAUUCUUCCAUAUGUGGUUGCGUGGGGGUUGAAGAUAACACCAAGCGACUGGAAGUGAAGGAACACAAUCUACCAUUUGUUCCUUCUCAAUUUCUAUCAAGAAUCAGAUGCUGCUUUGAGGCAGAUCUCUUGAAAGGGAUGAGAUUUCCCUACUUCAGUGCUUGAACAAAAUCAUGUUGUUUAGCAACAAAAGCAGCAUUAGAAUCUGAAGACAUAUAGCAACUUUCCACAAUUUGCUGUCAGAGUUUGAUAGAAUAUAGUUAUGACUAUUCCAAAUAGUAUCACAGUGGGCGGUAGCACAUAGCAGCUUGGAUUUUAAAAGAAAGCUGAGUAAGGUUGGACCUGAUUCUUCUUGCAUAAGUGGCUAGGAUGAAGUCCCAGGUCUCUGCAAGCUGGUCUGGGAAGUUUUAAAAAAAAAUCUUGAGAAGAUCAUUUCUGUUCUGCUACCAACGAAACUACUUGGAUGUGGCCAGAAAGAAUUGGGUUUGGCUUAGACUUUUUAGGUUUCUUUCUAGUCAUUGCAAGAAAGAAAGAAGAAAAGGAAUAAACGUUGUAAUCCCACCGAAAAAAUAUCAGUUUGGAAGACCAAUAGGGAGAAUUAUCAGUUUUAUGUAAGGAAUUGCAUAAACCAAGUGUUUUGCAGAUGGUAUCUACAACUCCCCAAAUAACAUUCAAAAAUUAAUUCAAAAUAUAUAAACGCAGCCACAUGAGCCUUCUACUCAUGCAAACUAUUGGGCAUUCUCUCCUGAAAUUUUGUGAAUUUCAUAUAGUUUGGUAAACUUAAAUUUGUGAUGAUUUUUUUUUGCUGUUCUUUAGCACUGAUAUCACAUACAACCACAACAGCAGUGACCCGCACUUGAGAACAUUGCUAACUUCUGAGGCAUUGCCCAGAAUUCCAGAAUUUUUCAGUAUUGGUUACUUUUUUGUUAUAUCCAUGCCCUGUAAAAUAACCUUUCAGUAUUCCCAUUUUACAGAUCUUGUGUGCCGUGUGCAGAGUCAUCUAGCAAGAUCACAGUUGGAUAUAUGCUUAAAUUUAGGGCUGCUUGCUACACCUUUAAGACUAAAACCCUGAAAUAAUUCUGCUUUAUGUAAUUGGAGAACUAUUUUUUUUUACUGUAUUAGUAAAAACUGGAUUCUGUAAGUUGCAUAAAUUCUUCAUAUUGGAUAACUCUAUAUUUUGCAUAAUCCACUGCUGCUUAUUUAGUUCAUCAUGGACCGAAGUAAAGAUUGAAGCAGAGUCCUGAAAUACAUUUUAUACAGUUUC